AUGGAACUUCCUGUUCUGACUCAACCUGGCCUCGGAGUGACCACGACUUCUGGUGGAAAAGAUGUUGAAGCAAAACCAACAGGUAAUGAGAAGAUGGAACUUCCUGUUCUGACUCAACCUGGCCUCGGAGUGACCACGAUAACAGUGACCACUAUCACUCAAACAGGAGGAGACUGGAGCACAGGACUGUUUGACGUGUGCGCUGAUACCAGCACAUUUCUGAUGGGUGCAUUUGUGCCGUGCUGUUUGGACCUGAGUCUGGCUCAUCAGUAUGGAGAAUGCAUGUGUCUGCCUCUGCUGCCUGGCUCCACAUUCGCCAUGAGGGUGGGCAUUCGAGAGCGCUUUAAAAUCAGGGGCAGUGUGUGUGAGGACUGGACUACGGUAUACUGCUGCUACCCUCUGGCCCUCUGUCAGAUGAUCAGAGAGAUGAAGAAGAGACUGAAGACACAGAUCUACACCAUUUCUACUGCGCUGGAGAGCUCCUGAGACACUGUGUGUGUGUGUGUGUGUGUGCACAGCUCAGAUUUUCUUCUCAUCCAUGUUUUUGGCGAUGCUAAAAGACUGAAGGGCCGUCUCAGCUGUCAGGAUGUUUAUUACGCGGGGUCCUGAACUUCACGCAGGGUUAGACAUAUCAGUAACUCUCUGCUUGAAGAUUGAUGCCGCUGACAUUUCAAACUGAUGGGGAGAUGGAGUGACAGAUGGGUGGAGAGACGGAUGAGUGGAGAAGAGGUUUCUGAUGGCUUCUGGGACUGUGUAUGCUUUGAUUUCAGAUUGCUCUCUCACGGUACAUAUACAUAGGUUUCGCUGCAUGAAUUCAGUCUGG